GAUGAUAACGUUAAUUUAUUGCUCCCAACAUCGGAUUCAUUGACCCAACCUCUUCCCCUCUCUCUCCCUCUUCCCAGAUCCAUAGGAUUUGAUUGCUUGCUCGAACCUAGUUAUACAGUUGUAUCCAUAUGAAUUAAAUUCAUAUUAUGUGCUUGUCCGAAUUGAAUUGAAUUGAAUUGAGUUGGAUAUCGAUCGAAGAGAGCUAUAAUGAUUGGAGUAAUUGGUGAUAUGGAUUGGCGGUCGAGCGCUGAGUUUUGCUGUCGAAGCGAAGAGAGCUACGAUGCGCUCCUUUCCAGAAAUCGAUUGUGACUUGCAUUAAAGGUGCGUAGAUCUCCCUUCCAGAAAAUGACCACUACAGGAUCACUUAUGGAUGUAUUAGACGAUCCUAACCUAUCAAAUCUUCCAUUCUUCAUACAGGCCGAUAGCUGUUUAUUAUUGACUAAUUGCAAGUGCAUCCUUCUCGUACGUGAUCAAGGAGAAGCAGAUGUAUGUUGGGCAUUUGUCGUCACUGCAACAAUGUACGGGGAGGAGGUUGCAAACAAAGGAUCUUCUCAAGAAGGAUCUGUCCAAGAACUAAUGGAUUACAUCCAUCAAUUCAGGCGCCCUAAAGAAGUUGAACGCAAGGGUCCAUUUAAAGUCCCAUAUGCAGGGUUUGGAUGUGAGUUCAAAAGAGCAUUUGAAUAUGUGGAAGAGCUUGGCCUAAGCCCAAAAUCAAUUUAUCCAUGGGUGGGGGUGGGGUGUCGUGAUCCUAAAGAAGUUAUAAUGUGUGAUCCUGAGAAAGAAAAGAGGAAUGGAAUUGCUAAAAUCGAUGGACGUGAUAUACAAUAUAGUGACCGGUGUUAUAAAGGCAACAGAUGAGUUCAUGGAUUGUUGCAAUGGGGAUAUUUUGAAAUAUGAUCCCCCUGCAGCAUAUUUGCGCAAGCCAAAGCAUGCCAUAACCCUCGUUGGUUAUGGACAUGACGGCAGCGACGAGUACUACAUUGCCCAGAACUCCUAUGGCCUUGAUUGGGGUUAUAGAGGCUGUUUUAAGAUUUUGAGGAGUCUUGUAUCGGAUACGUGUGUUCCCAUGAAAACUACGAGUCCUGGUGACGUUGCAUCUGGUUCAUCUUCAAAGCCAAAGUCGUGAUUUCUCAAUCUGGAUCAUCAGAGCUUCCUUAUUGCGGUCUUCCUCCCGUCAUUAACUGACAGGUCCCUGAUCUCAGAGUACUAACAUGAUCUGACAUCAAUCUGAUUUCAGACUGCUGCCUGAGAUUGUCAUGCUCUAGCUGUGAUAUCUCAUUUUCUGAAAAACUAGACUGCUUAAUAAGUUUUUAGUUUUCUUUCAUCACCUGGGUAAUCGGGCACAACAAAAAUAUCUCAAGUUCACUAGCUAUGGCACUAUCAAACACAUGAUUGAGUUCUAUUCUUCUUCUUUGUUCUUUUUGCAGAACAUGCAUGUCAGAUUGAAUCCCAGUCAGUCGAGCUUUGUUCAUCUUAA